UUCCUCAAGUUCUUUCUCAAGUGUAACCAAAACUGCCUGAAGAACGCCGGCAAUCCACGUGAUAUGAGACGCUUCCAGGUGGUUAUAUCUACGCAAGUGGGAGUGGAAGGACCAUUACUAGCGGUUUCGGACAAUAUGUUCGUCCACAACAACAGCAAGCACGGGCGCAGAGCGAAACGCUUGGACCCCAGUGAUCCUGGCGAGUAUAAUAGUUUAUAUCCGCCGAUACCUCUCCAAACGCCGUGCAUAAAGGCGAUAUCGCCUAAUGAAGGUUGGACGUCGGGUGGAUCCACCGUCAUAAUCAUCGGUGAAAAUUUCUUCGACGGAUUGCAGGUGGUUUUCGGAUCGAUGCUAGUUUGGAGCGAGUUUAUCACUCCACACGCAAUCAAGGUGCAGGCACCAGCGCGGCAAAUACCCGGCGUCGUCGACGUCACGUUACAUUACAAAAGCAAACAAUUCUGUAAAGGAGCGCCUGGCAGAUUUGUCUAUGUUUCGGUAAACGAACCCACGAUCGACUACGGCUUCCAAAGGUUACAGAAACUCGUACCGCGGCACCCCGGUGACCCUGAAAAGCUUCCGAAGGAGAUAGUAUUGAAGAGGGCGGCGGAUCUAGCGGAAGCCAUUUACAGUAUGCCCAAGAGCGGAAACAUGGGCAUCGCGGGGGCACCGAGAAGUCCGGGUUCAGUGCACGCACCCGCACCUCCCACAUCCAGUUCGGCAACGGCAUUUAAUUCGUAUACGGGGCAACUUGCAGUGACGGUGCAGGAAAAUGGUAGCGCGGCAAAAUGGACAGACGACGGUAGUUCCGUGACGACAGGAGCUGCUGCUGACGGUGGAGGCGGCGGCGGCGGUGGCGGCGGCAGUGGCGGCAGCGGUGGUAGUGUCGGAGCCAACGUCGGCGGCAACGCCGACGCCUACAGACAAAGCAGCAGCGCAAGUCCACGUGGUGUCGUAACCGGUGGUGGUUAUUGCGGUAGUUCAGCCAGCACACCACACAGUCACAGUACUAACGGAAGUUAUUCCGUCGCCAAUCCGUACACCGGCAGCCCGACUCUCUACACCUCGCCGCACGAACAAUAUGGCAUAUUCUAUACAUCCGGGGACGGGAGUGCGUUCGCCCCCGUAGUACGACCACCGACCACCUCAGUCCCACCGCACUGGCCCACACAGCACCACCUCGCCACAGCCGCCCAGUAACCGCUAACCGUCCACCAUCACCACCAACACCACCAUCAUCACCACCACCAUCACCCUAUGCACUGCGAUUAAAGAGUUAUGAGAGACGACAUUUGAGAAUGACUAGGAGAGGUGGUUGGAUCACCGUUCAACAUGAACCCAUUUAUGUUGCCCACCUGCAAUCAAGGAUAUUCAGCCGCUGCCAGUCCGC